AUGCGUGCUGGCGGAACCAACUCUCUUUGUUCGAAGGGCUCUCUUCUCCUUCUAGAAAGGGCCGCUCGAACAGAAGCCACCAUAGCUGUUAACAGAGGAACAGUACCUGCCCUGUGCUCAGAAAUGUCCCCGAGACGUUUGCACAACGCACCUCUUGCUUUUUCCUCCAAAGUAUGUUAUAUUAAGUUUCGUGAAGCAUCAAGUGUUGGUGUGGCCCAGCAUCUAACUAACACGGUUUUUAUUGACAGAGCUUUGAUAGUUGUGCCCUGCGCAGAAGGUAAAAUCCCAGAUGAAGCCAAAGCCCUUUCUCUAUUGGCGCCUGCUCCUACUAUGACAAGCCUGAUGCCUGGUGCAGGGUUGCUUCCUAUACCUACACCAACCCCUUUGACUACACUCGGUGUUUCACUUGGCACUUUGGGGGCUAUACCAGCAGCAGCAUUGGACCCUAACAUUACAGGACUGGGAGAAAUACCACAGCCACCAAUUAUGGGGAAUGUGGACCCAUCCAAAAUUGAUGAAAUUAGAAGAACAGUCUACGUUGGAAACUUGAAUUCACAGACUACAACAGCAGAUCAGCUGCUUGAAUUCUUUAAGCAAGUUGGAGAAGUCAAAUUUGUGCGAAUGGCAGGUGAUGAGACACAACCAACACGAUUUGCUUUUGUGGAAUUUGCGGACCAAAAUUCUGUACCUCGAGCUCUUGCCUUUAAUGGAGUUAUGUUUGGAGACAGGCCACUGAAAAUAAAUCACUCCAAUAAUGCAAUAGUGAAGCCUCCUGAAAUGACACCGCAAGCUGCUGCCAAGGAACUGGAAGAAGUGAUGAAGAGAGUAAGGGAAGCCCAGUCUUUCAUAUCUGCUGCUAUUGAGCCAGUAUUUUUCUUCUGGCGUUGUUCAUAUAGAAGUAGAUCUGGCAACAGAUCGCUCUCAAGACACAAGGACAGACGCAGAUCCAGGAGUCCCCUGAAAAAACGGUCUAGAUCUAGGGAAAGGCAGAAAUCAAGAAGUCGCUCUCGUUCUCGGGACAAGAAAAGAGACAAAGAAAAGGUCAAGGAAAAAGAAAAGGCCAAAGAAAAGGAGAAAGAGAGAGACCGAGACAAAGAGAAGGAGAGAGACCGGGACAGAGACAAAGAAAGGGAAAACAAGGAUAGGGAUAGAGACAGGGGCAAGGAUAAGGACAAAGACAGGGAAAAGGACAAAGAUAAGGAGAAGGAAAAAGAGGGAGAUAAGGACAAAAGAGGGGACAAAGAAAAGGAAAAAGAUGAGGAUAAGGAGAAGAAGGAGCAAGAAAGAGAAAAAGAGAGAGAUGAUAAAAAGAAGAAAGAGAAGAGAUCCAGAACACCCCCAAGAAGCUAUAGCUCUUCAAGAAGAUCUCGUAGCUCCAGCAGAGAAAGGCGUAAAAGGAAGAGUAGAAGUCCCUCCAAGUCUCCUAAAACAUCUAAAACAACAAAAAGAAAUUCUUCACAAACUCCUUCUCCGAGAAGAAACAAGAAAGAAAAAAAAAGAGAAAAGGAUACAAAUAAUGAAAGAAGAGAAAGGGAAUGCUCCAACUCCAAGAAAAAAAGUAGUAAAGAAAAAGAGGGAAAGGAGAAAUCUGACAAAAGCACCACUACUUUGAAGAUUCCAUCAACACAGUACCAGAACACAGUUAAUGUCAUUCAGGCAGUAGACACACAGUUCUUCAAGAAACCAGUGCCAUUGAGAGAGAGAAAAAGGCAGACCAAGAGCCUGUGA